GCCUCAUUGAGUCUUGAGGUGAUUUGAGUCAGGCAGAGAUAUGAGCGUUCAGAGCCCAUUUCCAUGUGGCUUUAUCUCACUAACAGAUAAGUGCGGGUGGCGUCUGCCGCUGUGGUGUGAACCCGAGGCUGAAGUCCAGCUGCGGCUGCUUUGUGUGAACUCUGAGUCUGAACAGUGACAGCCCCUGGUUCGCUCCCAUGUUUUUGCUUCAGUUAUCGUAGACUAAGACAAAGAGCAGCCUGGCUGAGGACUCGGGUCGUCACUGAAGCGGAGGACGUGAAGGAUGAGGCGCUGGAGGCCGUGUGUUGCAGCAGUGGCCCUGCUGCUGCUUGCUGUCGCUGGAGUUAAUGUGGCGCAUCUGCAGGCUGAGAACCUCAGUCUCCUCCGGCACGAGAAGCACAGCCUGGUCCUGAACCCCGGAAUGAGAGCGCUGCCCAGAGACUGCCAUGAAAUGCUGCUGGCUGCUUACGGCCAGGCCAGAGACGGGGUCUACCUCAUCCAGCCCGGCGGCGACCCCAUCGUGGCCUACUGCGCCAUGCAGGAGGGGGGCUGGACCGUGGUGCAGCACAUCACGGUCAACAGCAGUGUGAGCUUCGACCGGACCUGGGCUGAGUACAAGCGCGGCUUCGGGGACGUGAGCGGCGAUCACUGGCUGGGGAACGAGUACCUCCACCAGCUGACCCGCGGCCCCGCGCGCUUCAAACUGGGGGUGAAGCUGGUGGAUGAGGACGCCGUGACCAAGCUGGGGGAGUACGACCCCGUGCUGGUGGAGGACGAGGCCUCGGGGUACCGGCUGCGGCUGGGCUUGUUCCAGGGCUCGGCCGUGGACGCCCUGACGCUGGACACGGAGAACUACCUGCACGACAACCAGAGGUUCACCACCAAAGACAGGGACAACGACAACUACUUCCAGAACUGUGCACAGCUGGAGUUCCAGGGGGUGCCGGGGGGAGGGUGGUGGUACGACGCCUGUGCCGGCGCCAAUUUGAACCGCAGGAACGUCAUCUACUGGCAGAAGGACUGCAACAAGGAGCGGCUGUGCAAGUACGCGUGGAUGAUGGUGAGACCCUCAGACACAGUCAAGCUGGUUCCUGGAGGAGCCUGCAGCAGGGACGAGCUAUGAGGACACGGGGCUGAAGAUUAGCUUCUCUCUCAAUAGGUUUUAUCUUGGACACUGAAUUCACAACAAUCGAUACAGAAACACAUCAUCUGGAAACAAACAGAACAAACGAACACUACGAAAAGCAAACACUUUUAGCUCUAGCUUUGUUUCAGUCACGUAUGAAGCCGAUAUAAUUGAAGCAAAGCAUUUCUGACAUUGCUCGAGCUGCAGACGUCUGGUUCAUCACAGUUAAGUAAAAGUGUUCUGGACAUGUA